GAUUUGCACGAAACGAGGGAGAUGAAUUGACAGGGCAGGCAUACGUAUGGUGGAGGGCGCUCUUGUUCUUGUGCGUGCGAGAGAUGAAGCUCGCGCAUAAGGGACAGGCGAGGGCUGUUUCUACUCACCGCGUCCGUGCGUUGGUAGCCUUUCCAUUUUCACGUUACAUUUUUUUCCUUAUCCGUGGAUUUUUAAACGUAGUGAGUCAGAAACUGCAAUGACAACUAAUUUUGGCCUAUCAAGAACUUUGCGAAGAACCGGGAGUUUUCCGUCUGCAAGAACAGUUAGAAUUGUAAUAUUAGGACAAGGCGCAGUGGGCAAAACAGCACUGGCUGUACGAUUUAUCACCAAAAGAUUUAUUGGCGACUAUGACCCAACUCUUGAGACCAUCUACAGGCAUGAAGUGACCAUGGGGGGUGACGCGGUUAACUUUGAGAUAUUAGAUACUGCAGGACAGGAGGAAGAUGCCCUGCUGAUUGAGGAGAAAAUAAAAUGGGCUGAUGGUUUCGUCAUCGUCUACUCUGUGACCGAUCGUUGUAGCUUCGAUGAGGUCAUGCGCCUCUGUUUCUUGGUGAAUCACAUCCAUACAGCAGGUAGCAGACGGAACUGCCCUGAGCCUCCACCCAUGAUAAUAGUGGCCAACAAAAAGGACCUGGAGUUUGACAGGAUGGUGUCCGUCCAGGAUGGCGAGAGCUUGCGCCGGAGCCUAAAAUUGCCCCUGCAUGAAGUCUCAGUAAGGGAUGGGUGGGAGGAGACAGCAGGGGUCUUCCAGGCACUGUAUGCUGACAUUGUGCAGCAGAUGGACUCCUCUCCCCCUUCAUUCCGUAGGCGAGCAGUCUCCAGACUGAUGGAGAAGAUUCCCAGAAUCCACUCUAAUUCGGCUCUGGGCUCAACUGGCCGCAGUUUCAGCUUCAGUUCUUUUAGAGAUCUCCUUCCUGACUGAGUGCUAUGAUGAUGUUUAAUAACAAGUGGGAAAAUGUUUUGAAAAGGUUCAUUCUACAAGGCAUAUUUGAUUAUGGUUAUUAGUAUUCACUCAGAGCAGAGAAGCAUAUUGGACAACUACCAUACUUUGGUGCAUUGGGGAGCAAUUCUGUAAGCUUUUGGGUUUCUUUUUCUAAAGAAAACCUGAGAGCAGAACCAGAUUCUGAACUUGGACUGGAAGGACCAUAAAGGCAAAACACAGUGCAACACCCUUUUGAAGAUUGAUUUUCACCAGUAACUUUCUUGUGAGCCUGUUCAAUUAUGGAGCAGCUAUAGAAAAAGUUUACAAAAGAGCAUCGCAGUGUUCAAGAAAAGAUUAAAUAAAAAUGGUCUUUAACAACCAACACAAAAAUUUGGCUGCCUGUGUCACCAGUUCUGGUUCUGUUCCAACUGCAUUUUAUUUGUGUACCUCAAACAUGAUUUAUAUAACUGUUUAAAUGUAAAGUGACAUCUAAAUGUCUUAUUUUUAGAGCCAACCAAAUGCUUUAUUGUCUGUUGUCAUUUUUCUAAUACAGUUACUUACACUGUAUGCAUGAGUACAAUCAUUAAAAAUCUACAGAUGAAUCACAAUGCAUUUUGUUCCUCUUUGUAAAUAUUAUAUAUGAUAUGAUAGUAGACUGGAUCUUUAGCCACGAUCCUUUCUGAUGGGCAGCAAUCUGAAAGCCAAAUCAUUACCUACAUCAAUUAUGACUAACACUAGAAAAAGCAAAAACUUCAAUUUCACUCAGUCAUUAACAUGCAUUCUACAUCUGUAACAAACUGACAAAAACAACAAAGUACCUGUAGCACAUGGCAUAAAAGUAAUUAAAAAUACAACUGACUCCAUUUAAUCAUCAUCUAGUCAAUUAGCGUCACAUUCUGCCACACUAUGCUUCAUGUGAACCAACCGACUUAUUCAUGCAAAUUAAUGCAAAUAAGUGAGGAUACAUGAUGAAGCACAAAGAACAGCCUACGAGUUGAAGAGCACAGGAAAGACAGAAAAUCAGCCAAGGCCAAGAAAACCCAUCUUCAGAUUUCAUUGUAGCUCUGACUUUCCCAAAAUAAUAGGCACUCCCAACUUGUGCUCACUGCCACUGACCAGUCACAAUAAAGGUACAGUUAAGGUUUACA